CAUCAUCACAUUUAAUCAUAUUAAUAGAACAGUGUGGGAUUAAAGAUGAAGCUGCUUCCAAUUCUCGUAAUGCUUGCGCUUGUUAUCUGUACUGCCUGCAAGAAUCACGAGGAGUGGAAAGGACAACGACCAGGAGAUUAUGAUCGCAGACCGUAUUCCAAUCCUUAUGCCUAGGAUACCUUCGAAACGUGCUAAACAUUCAUUUAAAACCGCGCAAACUAAAUAUAGAUCGAGGAACAAAAACCAGAACAAGCACUUUUCUAUUGAUAUUGCAAAAGAGAAAGUUUAAACAUACAUAUGUAACAAGCCAUAAGUUUAUUAUAAAAAGUAUAAAAUCCUUUCCACUUUUUGGUGUAGUUUCGUUUCAAUCAACAGAAAUUACAGCUUAAUUCUAUCCAUUAAAUAGAAUUUGUAGAUAAGGAACUUAUCUAAUCAUAAGAACCUAUAAGUAUAUAAAUACUUUAAAUAUAGAUUCCACAAACGCA